CAUCUAUUUUUACAUCUGAGGGAUUUAUUAUGGGUGAUGAAACAAGUACUGUUUCUGAUUCUCAGCAAACACCAUCAAGGUCUGAUGGUGUAGUGUCAUCAACUUCAGUAUCCAUGACAGAUUCUACUUCAGGUAGUAUCUCACAGGGGAAUGUUAAUGCAUCUACCAGUGAGGUUACCACUGUUUUGUAUUCCACAUAUUCCAUCAAUGGUUCAUCUUACCCAUUGCCAACUACAGUGGCAGAUAAAACAAGUACUGUUACAGAAGUAUCAUCAUUUACAAGUGCUUUUCACACAAUGGCAUCUACCCUGCCAUUAAAUACAAAAGAUACCACACGCGGACCUCUUCUAACUGAUAAUGGAACCAGAAUAAUUACUGGAGCACAGACCACUGUUCCGUCUUUCAUUACUACCUAUACAAGUUCUGGGUCUUCAGACUUUACAUCAGUUCAUUCAUCAGUGGAACCAACAUCUACAGGGUCUCUUACAGAGCCCACUAAUUGGUCAUCUACACUGGCCAAUACACUACAAACAGAACUAGGUUCUACUGUUUCCUUGUCUGUUUCUGCUAAUACUACAUCUGGUUCGCUUACAUCACCAGGGACUUUAUCAAUGGAGCCAACAUCAGAAACAUAUACUGCUACAGAGUCUGCAACUGGGUCAACUACAUUAGCCACUGCAUUUUCAUCAAGCACUACAGGCAGGCUGACAAACAGUAGUGUUGAAGUGUCUACCACCAAACCUGAAGUUUCUACAGAGGUCUCCACAUUCCACACAUACUUCACAGAGCCAGUGACAUCUUCUCACACGUCACCAACAAAAAUAACUUCUACUGUUUCAGCUUCGGUUUCUACUAACACUACACCUGGCUCGCCAGGAUCUUCAGGUACUAGACUUUCUAUGGAACCUACAUCACCAACAAAUUCUUCAAUGACGCCAACAUCAGAGCCAUAUACAGGUACAGAGUCUGUAAAUGGGUCAGCUAUAUUGGCCACUACAGACUGGCUCUCAAGCAGUACUGAAGCAUCUACCACCAAAGCUGAAGUUUCUACAGAGGUUUCCACAUUCCAUACAUAUUCCACAGAGCCUCUGCUUUCUAGCACCAUCACAUCUGCUAAUACAUCCCCAACUGCAAAUCUUACCACUUCUGCCAUUACAGAUGCAACAGCAAUGGUUAACUCAUCAUCAGCUCCAGAUAUCACAGUUUCCAGAACAUUUACAGCACUUGUGACAGAAGACACAUCUUCUGAAAGUGAGUUCUCAUCAACUGUUUCACCAGUUACCACCCCAGAAGGAGUUACAACAAUAAUACCCACAGAAAACCAAACAACAAAUAUACAGCCAACUUCCUCAGUGGCGGCAAAUUCCUCUUCCACUUUUGCAUCUGUAGGGUCCACAGCUUCUAUGACAACAAUAGAAGUGAACCCAAAAGAGACUAGACAUGACCAGACCACAAUUUACUUUUCUUCUACAGCCAAACAUAUUUCAGCUUCUUCAUCAACAGAAUCACCCAUCACAUUGUUAACACGGUUUUCUAGCCUGAUACCGCCUUCUGAAAGUACAGAGACAGCAACUUCAGAAACGACCAGCCCUACUGAAAGAACCACCUCCAUGUUGUCUUCACCUUCUGCUUCGUCUGAGUUUUCAACAUUCCAAACGCAUUCCAAGGAUAUGACUACAGGAGAUAUAGCCUCAACUUCAGGGUCUACUGUUUCCAGCUCAUUAACAACUGUGGCGACUGCAGGAACAUCUCCGGAAAGUGGGACUUCAACAACCGUCACGGUCAACACCACAACAUCUGACACAGUUGAGACUACACAGACACAACAGACAACAGCAAGUACAGCACACACGACACACAUUACUGUCGCAAAUGUGACCCCUCCAUAUACAGCAACAACCACUAUGGCCAGCACAACACAAACAGGCAGGCCACCUAUUUCAACAACACAAUUAGUCACUGACACAGAGACGGAAGUGACUUCUGCAGGAACAUCCGUAGCUCCUGAGACCACAGAAACCUCCUCAUCCCCUUCAGUUACAAUAACAGCAGCCUUAACUUCCAUGAUUACUGUGUCAUCGCAAACAACUAGGGACACUGCUUCCACUAUGCAAAGCACAACACAUCCUCCCAGUACUGCCACAGUAAAGCCUCCACUGGAAUGCAAAAUUACUGAAAGAAUUUGGGUGAAAACAGUUUUGUCUCUAAACCUAAGGAGAAACAGAGUCGAUGAUGCAAUUAAACGGAAUCUUAGGACUGGACUCACACAGGCAUUGCAGAAUGCUUUCAACAGCAGUGCAGUACAUGCUCAGAUUGAGUCUCUGACGGGUACAACUAAUGUGACAGUUGGUUACUACGCGACAAACGGAAGAACAGUCUACAUUACUGCUGUUGUCAUUAAAGCAUUAACUGAUUAUGGGGAUCUGAUGAGCGACAUGAAACAGCAUGUGACUAACAUUCAGUCACUCCCCAUCCCAGUGGCUCCCUGGACCCCCACUCCUGUUCUCUGGAUGCAGCUUAAGACAGUCCUCAGAUUUGUGGGAGCAACAGACAAUAUCCAAUCCUGCAGCUUUGUUCAGACCAUGGCGCACCGGCUCCAGAAUGCAUUCACAGAAGCAGAGUCAAAGGUCUUGAAUGCAAACAACAACCUCACUGUUCAGAUUUUGAGCACAUCUCAGUCGGCUGAGUCCCCAGCUGUCACUUUGAUCUAUGUGGUGCGGAACCAGAGUGUGAUUCUGAAUGGAACAGCCUCUAGCUCCCUCCUCAAUCAGCUUACCGCAGAACUGGUGGGCUAUUACCUGUUCUUCCCACCGCUGAUCAUUGCUGAACCACUGAAGUAUAACAACCUUGACACUUCACCUUCAACGAAGGACUAUUGGGUGACUACAGUCAUUCAAGACGUUGAUAAUUCCUCCCUGAAUGGAAACUACCAGAGCUUUGCCAGCCUGAUGGAGCAGCGGCUGGCAGAACUCCUUGUGAUCGCCCAACAGCAGGGAAGACGGUUCAGGCGAGCCACCACAGUGGGGAGCUACACUGUUCAGAUGGUGGACAUGAAGCGUGUUGAAGGUGCAAAGAGCCGUGCUGCAUUGACCUACUAUAUCCUGCAGAAUGGCACCCCAUUGCUGGGCACUAGCACGGCGAAAAUCCUCAACACUAUAGACUCCCAGACCAUGGCCUUAACACUGGGCUACUUUGUGCAGCAGCAGGCGGAACCUGUGGUGAAGAAUCCCCCAAACAACCUGUGGAUCAUUGCGGCAGUACUGGCUCCCAUUGCUGUAGUGACUGUUAUCAUCAUCAUUAUCACUGCAGUGCUGUGCCGGAAGAACAAGAACGACUUCAAAUCUGACACCAUGGCCAACAUGCACCAGCGGGCCAAGCCAGUGCAGGGGUUUGAUUAUGCCAAGCAACAUCUUGGGCAGCAGGGUGGAGAAGAAGAAACCAGUCCUGUGACACAGGAAACAGGAGUUUUACCACUUCCUGUCAGAGAUGCACCUCUGUCUCAAGAGAGAGGGAUUUCACAGGAUGGAAGUACUACAAAAACAACAAUGACCAGUGAAAUACGCAAAAGCAGGUUGCCUAGCGAGAACUGUUCUAUCAUCAGUAACGAAUCAGGAAAGCCCAACACAGGCAGAAUGUCUCCGCAGAAAAUGACAACACAGCAGAAACUGACAAAGGAAGAGUCAAGGAAGAAAAAUGGUUUAAGAUCCAAAAACAGAAUCGUCCCAACGAGUGAUGAAGAGGAUGGUGCAGUUCUGUUUGACGGGGUGUCCCGAUCUUCACCAGAUCCCUAUGACACGUCUUCUGGGUCACUGCAGCUAAUCUCUAUCAAACCGCUGGCAGUACCUCCCAGCUACUCGCACCCAGACUCGGACAGGAGCCAGGACUCUGCUGUGAUGAGUGGAGAAGUAAGAAUUGAACAUACUGUUAACAAAGCUCUGAAGCAGAAAUCAGACAUUGAGCACUACCGGAACAAACUGAGACUCAAGGCAAAACGGAAGGGGUACUAUGACUUCCCAGCCUUGGACGGUAACAGCAAGUCCCUCCCUCAGAAACAGAGGCACGUGUACGAGAAAGCACAAAUGGAGAUGGACAAAGUUUUGGACCCAGAUGAAGACAUGUCCUCCACUUACGUCAAGUCUAAAAACAGACAAUCCCACAUGAAGAACCCUGCAUGCAGAAGCAGGCAGUCGCUAAACAGCCCGAGUCCAGGUGGAACCGAGAUGGACCUUUUAGUGACAAGGGAGAGGCCCAGACGUGGAAUUCGAAACAGCGGAUAUGACACGGAGCCAGAGCUUAUAGAAGAAACCAAUGUGGACCAUGUUGCUGAGCCUAGAGGUUACAUCAGGGGUCGUCAGGUCAAGGGUCACUCCGAAACGUCCACACUUAGCUCCCAGCCUUCCAUUGAUGAAGUCCGGCAGCAGAUGCAUCUGCUUCUGGAGGAAGCAUUUAGUCUGGCCUCUGCUGGUCAAGCAACAACAAACAGGCAGCAGGGACAAUACAACCCUGUCCAGCAGCUACCUUUUUCAGAGGUAGUGACCAGUGCACCUGGAACAAUGAACAGACCCAGGGGAGCGGUCCAGUGGGUGCCUGCAUAUAGCUCUGAUUUAUACCAGUACAGUUUGCCCAGACCUGCCUUCAGGUUCUCACAGCUUCCUGACAUGGCUAUGGGCUCCCCCCCACCCCCUGUACCUCCCCGAAGCGGACCUGCAGCCGUCACUUCCCUCCUACGAUCUACUUCAGAUAUCGGAACCAAGACAAGAACCUCCGAACCCACUGGUCCAGAACAACAUAACCAGCAUGACGCUGUCCCUUUUGUGCCAGUCACGAGAGCAUCGGUUUCCACAGCUUCUGUGGAUCAGCCUGUCUCUAAUUACUCAGGAAACCCAGCAUCAGCAGUUUAUGCCAUACCAUCAAACCGGCCAGGAUACUCCGGCUAUUUCAUCCCAACUCCCCCCACCCCCUAUAGGAGCCAGACCUGGAUGCCAUACCCAGCUGAAGUGAAUGUGCCGAGCCAGUGGGCUGAAGCUGUUCCCUUACCAGGGUAUGUGGAAGCUUAUCCCCACUCCUGUUACCAGCAAAACAGCCCUGCAAGACUUCCUCGGCAGUACACCCAGGCUUCGUCCCUGGACCAGGCUCCGACCCCUUCAACCACAGCUUCCCAGCAGAGCCUGACUGAAAACGACACGUCUGACACCUCGCUCACCAACAUCUCCACGGCAGCUCUGGUCAAGGCAAUACGGGAAGAGGUGGCCAAACUAGCGAAGAAGCAGACGGACAUGUUUGAAUUCCAGGUCUAGUGGCUUUAGCGUUAAUAGCAACAGUUACGAACAACGAAGCAGAGACAAACAUGCAGAGUCUUGAUGUUUUGGAUUCUUGCCUUGACUGAAACCAUAACCUGGGAAAAGCAAAACAGUCAUCAUUCCUGUUUGGUGAAGAUUUAAGCAGUGACAACCAAACACUUGAUUGGUCAUUUAUUUAUGUUUUUUUUUUUUUUUUUUUUUUAACAACUGAGUAUUCCUAGAGA